AUGGCUUCCGCAGAAGAAUCUCCAUUGCUGCCAACGCAGCACAAUACAUCCCCACGGUCCAAUCGGAAUUCGCGAUCAGUGUCAUUUAACCCACUGACGACUAUUAGUAUAUAUGGUGGCACUGCCUCGGAUUCCACUAUUGGCCCACUGACAACCGGCUCUCCCCCAGCUCAUAACCUCAAUGCACAUGGUACAAGUCCCCGACCAGCCAGUCAGCCUAUGCUCUCUGCAUUGAAUAGCAAAUUGCGUCGCCGCAACAGCCACGGCGCUCCCUCCGCUCCUCCGAACCCAACGCCGGUCGCUUCUAAGAUUGGACCGCAGCGUACCACAAAAAAGGCUCAGAAGUUGAAGCUGCUACCAGAUCCGGUGACCGCAGAAGAUGAGGAAUCAGAUACCGAUUUUCCUCGUGAGGUCUACUCACAGAUCACUCGUAUCAAAGAGCCUGCUGCUCGAAGCCAUGCCGCACGACUGGGAAAGGCUGACCGCGACCGUAUUCCUCGGGUUACUGCAUACUGCACAGCCAAUUCCUACAGGCUAGAGGGCGUGAUCAAAUUCCUUAAAUCUAGAUCCAAAACCCGCGGCGCAAAUCCCAAGCUUUAUGAUGAAUGUGUCUAUUCUCCAUUUGAUUAUCAAUUUGAAGAAAAGCAGAAUGACAUCAGGAUUCACCUUUCUGCAACAGGCAAUGGUUAUUAUGGAAGGAACAGCGAGCGCCGUUACUCGGACAGCGCAGUGGAGGUCGAAGAUAAGACAACAUCCCGACGAGAAGAUUUGAUCGAUUUCCAUGAGGAAGCUGGGCGCGCUGGAGAUUCCAGCACUGAUCACCCAGCCAUUACUCCUCAGUCUGAAGAGACAUUCGAAAUCGACAUUACGAUCCACACCCCGGAAGUCUUCCUGUUCGACUAUGGUACAGUCGUCAUCUGGGGCAUGACUCCUGCUCAAGAAUCGCGCUUCCUGUCUGAUGUGUCGAAAUUCGCUACCUCAAUUUUGAGUCAGGAUGAUACACAGGUCGAGAAUUUCAACUUUUACUAUGCGCGCGAAUACCAGGCAAGAAUUUACAACGAUUUUAUCUCUCUUCGCGAUCCACGAAACCACAUGACCAAGCUAGCCAUCUCGCAUGCUAUUUCGCAAUCAGUCAAGACUUCUCUAUUUGAGGACCUGUUGUCCACAACCAUCGCCAAUACGGCACCGUUGCCUACGCAGAUUGCCGAUACUGGUACCGUCAACCUUACGCGCAAGGAGAUCAAUAUGCAAAUUGGAGAGUUGUUCAUCUUACGGAUCAACAUCCAUCUGCAAGGAUCCGUUCUUGAUAGUCCGGAACUGUUUUGGGCAGAGCCCCAACUGGAGCCUGUCUACCAGGCUGUCCGAAACUACCUGGAGAUGGACCAGCGUGUUAAUUUGCUCACUGAUCGAUUGGAUGUUAUUGCCGAUCUUCUUGCUGUGUUAAAGGACCAGCUUACACAUCGCCAUGGCGAAUAUCUCGAAUGGAUUGUCAUCGCCUUGGUUGCGGCCGAGAUCGUUGUUGCAUGUAUCAACAUUCUUGUUGACAUUUACGCCGGCGUGGACUAA